GCAACCCCUUAAUCCUUCCCCCGGGUUGUGGCAAAAAGACGAGUCCACUAUGUCGGGCAGAAAGCCCCGGUCUGUGGCGAACCCUCUGGAGUCUGCCAUCACCACACCGAGUGAAAGGAUACUGAAGGAAUGCCACAACCUAUAUGUCGACAGCGAGAACGGCCUGGUCAGAAUUGCAGACAGCCUUGGUGUCCGGCUCCUGCCUCCGAGAAAGAAGAUAGUAGUGAUGAUAAUGGGGAACCACUCAGCUGGGAAGAGCUCCUUCAUUAACUGGUACGUUGAAGAGCACAUUCAGAAAACCGGCGUAGCCAUCGAAACUCAGGGGUUUACCUUCAUCACAAGUGGACGUAAGAGAGAAUCCCUGACGGGGAAUGCCACGCUCCAUCUCUACCCUCACUUCCGACCUCUCCUUGAGUUCAAAGGCUUAAUGGACUACCUGUCUGCAGAGAUCUCCACUUCAAAACAGAAAAAGUUCAGCCUGGUGACAUUUGUGGACACUCCAGGUUUGGUGGAUGGGGACAUGAUUUACCCUUUUGAUGUUAACAGCGCUAUAACCUGGUUAGGAGAACAAGCAGACCUGGUAUUUGUGUUCUUUGACCCAAUGGGCCAAGCUCUGUGCAAACGCACGCUCAACAUUGUGGAGAAGCUGAGUGAAAAAUGUAGCGACAAGCUGCUGUUUUACCUCAGCAAGGCAGAUGAAGCUGGGAAGGAGACAGACAGACAGAGAGUGAUGAUGCAGAUAGUCCAGGAGCUGUGUCGCCGUCCAGGUCUCAACAAAUGUGGCUUUGAAAUGCCGACGAUUUACAUCCCCAACCCGCAGAAGCCGAGCAGGUGCGUGAACCAGAUCGAUGGGGUUUGUCAGACCAUUGAGAAAACCAUCAACCAGGCUGUUCAGAAGACACUGGAUCAGCUGGAGAAAGAUUGUGACCUUGUUUGUUUGACCAUCAGCAGCAAACUGGAGCAGGACAGGUCCGAUGCAGCCUACAACAGAAGCGUGCGUCUUCACUCGGUCCUGUGUGGAGCUUUAGGUGUCUUCCUGCCUCUACUCUUCAUCCUUAGUUUCAUCGUGAACACGUUAUCCGAAGAGCAGCUGGAUGAGCUGAUGGGUGAAGGUCUGGCUCGGUCCGUAUCUGUCCUCACAGGAAUAGUAAUGUAUUUAUGGGACUGGAUACCAGAAGAUGGACAAGUGGUCUUUGUGAUAUUUUUUGGUGCUUUUUGCUACCUUCAGCUGUUCCUGGCAAAGUACUUUGCAGGCCGAGGAAAUAAAACUCUGACAAAAAAAGAGAAGAGGAAGAUGGCGGAGUACAGUGAUUAUAUCUGUGAUAUCGUCAAACCUAAGAAGGCUAAAUUGUACGAGUGGUACCUGCAGCAGUGUGCAGCAGAAUAUGACCUCUGACCCCUGGGAAGGCAGAGCAAAGUUACAUGGACGUUAGCAUCUUUCAUCUGUUGGCAUUAAUAUAAAUAAGCAGGACUUUUUAGACGGUCGUUAAAUGAAAAACUUCAAUUUUCUUCCUCUGAAUCCCAGCUGAAACCUCAGAUUUAUCAUCUCAACAGCUGAUUUUUAAGUGCCUUGUUUCUACGGUGCACAGGACAAGCUAUGAUUGUAGCUUUUAGACAGGAACUAAUUUCAUAAUGUGACUUUUUCAAGAGCUUUUGUAGUAAUUAUGUGAAAUGUGCUAGAAAUGGGUGUUUACGAAGCUCAGAUCUACCAGUAAAGAUGUCUUUGUGAUGGCUGUUUUCAUCAGAUUCAAAACAAAACCCCAGCACAGACACGCCCCUCAUUCUGACUGACAUGUUACCUGAAUGUGUUUAUAGCUAAAUAGCUGUAGUGAUCACAGGUGGGACAACAUCUGGGCAUUACAGCUGGAUUUUCUUGUCAGUUCCACCAAUAAUGGAUCUUAACAUGCAGAUGGUUUUUAUUGGUGUGUUAAUAAUUCGGGCUUUUUAUAUUUUUAGUAGAAUGAACAUGUUUUAUAAAAACAGCAUGAAGCUGGUGAUCUGUGACCUCGCUGCACUGAUUCUCACCUCAGUCGAGUUACUGAAUCCCUCAUGAAUUUACCUGGUAACACCUUCACUCUUGAGUUGGUGCUGCAUAAAUUAUGAUGAAUAUUUAUUUGUUGAACCAAGACAUGAGGGGCAUUAUUUCCCCAUAGUAUGCAUCUGUCCAUUUCAGGGCUAAACAUUAAAUGCCUGUUUGAUGGUGCAUUUACUGGUUUAACGGCUCAGCAGUCAGUGAUAACCAGUUAGUACGAGUUUACUGCAAGUUUUCACUUAUGAUUGUUAUUUUUUUUACCUUCAGAACAAAGUUGACUUUCUAAAUGUUUUCUCAGCUUUAUUACCUUCAUCUCAAAAUUUUCAAUAAAAAUUGUUGUUCACUGAUUUACAAAAAAUAAACGGAUUUAUUUAUUUCUUACCUAAUUAUUUUUUAACAAUUAAAGGCAUAUUAUGCAACUUUUUUA